UCUCCACGAAAAACUCUCUCUCGCUCUUUUCCUUUUCCUCGCCACCACUCCGGCUCUCUCCCCCUUCCGUUUCUUGACGCCACGGCAACCCCCUCGAACAAACCAUCAAUUACAAAGACGCACCACCGCACUCGAUCGCCACCGCCUUUAAAAUCUCCCACACCGAGAGAACCGAUCGAACGGCCUGCCUGCCUACCUACCUUUACCUAGGGUUUUGAGUCUUAGCCUAGAAGGUUCCGCGGCAUGUCCACCGACGAGCACCCCGCCGCCGCCACCGCCGGGGACGACAUGCCCGCCUCGUUCUCGUUCAGCAUCUGGCCGCCGACGCAGCGGACGCGGGACGCCGUGGUGCGCCGCCUGGUGGACACCCUCGCGGGCGACACCAUCCUCUGCAAGCGCUACGGCGCCGUGCCGGCCGCCGACGCCGACCCCGCGGCGCGCGCCAUCGAGGCCGAGGCCUUCGACGCCGCCGCCGUCACCGGCGGGGCCGCCGCCUCCGUCGAGGAAGGCAUCGAGGCCCUGCAGCUCUACUCCAAGGAGGUCAGCCGCCGCCUCCUUGAUUUCGUCAAGUCCCGCUCGGCCGCCGCCAAGGCCGCCCCGCCGUCCGAGGAGGAGGCAGCGCCCAAGGCUGCCGAGGGCGAGGCCGUCGAGCCGCCGACAGAGGAUUGAACCUCGGGAUCGGAUGAGGAUAUUCAUUUCGUUUAUCCUUGAGAUAAAGUCGCAUUUAGAGUUCGUGUGGCGUUGGCCUGCUUGGGAUGAGUUGCCCGUAGGUGUUUGCGUAUCUAUGAUGAUAUUGUUCUUUGAGUAGCUGCUGGUUCUCUUGUUUCUAGAUUCUACAGUCUGUGCUUUCCGUCUGUAUCUCUGAGCAAGGAUUAUCUUCACUCUGUUGUGGCAAUGAUCAAGUUUGACCAAAUUGUUUGCCCAAGCCUUUCAGAUUAAUAUUAUCAUCCAAUUAUCUAGCAGAAA